AACAAAUAGCUGUCAAACCAAAAAUAUCAAAACAAGACGAUCAGUCGCCAACUUGUCAUUUUUCAUAUCAAAGGAAUGAUAUCAUUAUCAAUUAUACCAAAUAUAAAAACAAACAACAACUGGAGUUAAUUUUAAUUUAUAUAAACAUAAAAUAAACCUAUCGAUAAAUAACAUGGAAGACAAAACAUUUGUCUGGACGUCUGAACUUAAUAAACGAUUGUUUCAAUUACGUUUUGAAAACGACUGGCUAUUUAAAAGUAAAAAGCAACCAUGGAGUGAAUUUCGCAAACUGCUGUUAGAUAAUGGAUUCCCUAGUGAGAUGACUAUAGACCAUGUUAGAAAGAAAUGGUCCUAUACAUAUGAUAUGUAUAAAACAGCAAAGAAAACAAAUAAUAAAAGUUGGAAGUAUUAUAAAAUGUUUGAUAAACAUUUUGGUAAAAAUGAAAUAUUGGACAAAUAUGAAUCAUGGAAUGAUGAAUGGCGUUUAAAAUUAAUAAUAUGUGUGACAGAGGCUAAAGCUUUAAACUUAGAUGUUCUUUCUUUCUGGAGAUCAGUUGAAAGAGCAAUGAGGUAUCAGGAUCUUCCCAUGGACUGCUGUGUACAGGAUAUGAAGGGCUUAUGGCAUCAUAUUAGAAUUACUUUUAAUAGAAAACAUCGAAUCAAAAUAAAGAAAGGAAGCGAACAUAGUGACUGGCCGCUUUACGACACUAUGCUGACGUAUUACCAGAAGUUCGAACCUGAAGUAUUGGUCAACUUGGAAACACAGCCGCCAUGCGCCUUCGGGAACAGACUGAAAAACUCUUCGAAAUGUUCAAAAAACGAAAAAAAGGAUACGGAUAAUAAUGAUAGUGAAAAUGAGUUUCAAUGGUCCAAGGAUAUAACAGAAACGUUUAUACAAAUCAGACUGCAGCACGAUUGGUUGUUCAGGCAGAAAAAAUGGGCUUGGAAUGAAUUACUAAAAAUCAUGAUCGACGAAUACGGAUUUCCAAAAACGUUGACAUCCAGGGAGUUGUGUAGAAAGUGGGCAGCUACGUUUUCAGAAUAUCAAAAGUCAAAGGCAACUAACAACAAGACUUGGGUGUAUCACAACUUAUUUGAAUUGUAUUUAGGUGAUUCGUCUAAACUUAGUCUGAAUCCACUUGUUGAAUGGCAAGAAGAAUGGGUAUUCAAUCUUAUUAGCACGAGAACAGAUCUAGAACAUUUGUUUAAAACAUUCAAGGAUCCUUGCGGGGGAUGGCGCGAGGUUGAAAAGCGGUUAAGAAUAGUCGGACUUCCAAUGGACCAUAGUUUGUUAGAUCUCGAAGAAAUAUGGAUUCAUCUGCUAAAGACUUUUAAGUGGAAACAAAAAUUUGCCAACAAAGGCAUACUGAACGAACACUGGCCGUACUUCGAUGCGAUGGCCAGAUAUACUGAAGUUCAAGAAAAACAUGCGAUCAAGGUUCAAAAACUCCAAGACACUCAUGAAUACGCUGACGUCAUACACGAUGACGACUAUGAGGAUGAUAUGAAGCUCUUAGACCUGAAACAAAGACUCCAACUGCAGGUGAAACCGAAGUAUGAAGUGGAUGUAGGUGAUCAGUGCAGGUCCUGUUCCAACUUAGAUGCUUGUAUUGAUAUAUUUGAACAGAAGGAUGAUGAUGGCUUCGAUUUGGCGUACAAGCUUAAACUUAUUGGUGGUAUUGAGGUAGAAAAAUCCGAAAAUCUACCUUCACAUAUAUGUUUAAAUUGUCUUCAAGAAUUAGAAAAUGCUUACAAAUUCAGACGGAAAUGUCAGAACGUCGAUAAACAACUCCGCGGCGCACCGAGACACAUCAAACAAGAAGUAGACGACAAACACGAACAAAACGCACUCGACGACUCGAAGGACGAUGAUAUACACGAUGCAGACGACAUCGACGUGUCGUUUGAGCCAAACGAGCCCCUACAGAAAGCGGAACCCAAACCUAAAGUUAAAAAAGAAAAAAUCAUACCUAGAAGGAAAAGAGUACGCAAAUUGAAAUAUGUCUACUGGAAAAUAUGCGAAAUAUGCGGGAAGCAUACGAGAAACCUCAUCAGUCAUCUCGACACACAUGCCACUGAAAAACUGUAUUCCUGCGAUGUUUGUGACAAAAAAUUCAAGUUCAAAAGCGGCUUGGUGAUGCAUAAGGCGGUCCACGACCCCACGCCGCGGAAGACUUGCGAAGUUUGCGGAAAGACCUUCCACGUCCUCGCUCAGUACCGGAGGCAUUUCGUCUAUCACGCCAAUGAAAGAAAGUUCGGGUGUGAGACCUGCGGCAAACGAUUUAAUACGUUAGAAAUCUUAACAGUACACAACCGGACCCACACCGACGAAAGACCGUUCCCUUGUCCAGAAUGCGGGAAAACGUUCCGGACGGCGGGCUGCGUCAGUAGGCACAAAAGAAUUGUACAUAAAAAUAUAAGAAAAAUUCAAUAAAUUAUUUAUGGACAUGGUA